CUGUAACUUAGACUCCAGUGUGCCGUGCCGUGUGCGCAAAUUCAUACGCCCUCCCUCAGGUUUGGUGGUUUCUGGAUCCCGAGAGUUGAAACCAGGCGGGAAGACCCUCUUCACUCUCAAAGAAGAUGACAACCCACAGAGAUGUAACUUCUGUUUACAUGGAACUCAGAAAUCUCCUGCAAAUCAUGAUCUCAAGGCCAGAGAAUGGCAGGUGAACAGAAGCCUUCAAGUAACCUCCUGGAACAGUUUAUUUUGCUAGCCAAGGGUACUAGUGGCUCAGCUCUCACCGCUCUUAUCAGCCAAGUCUUGGAGGCUCCUGGAGUGUAUGUCUUUGGAGAACUGCUGGAGUUGGCCAAUGUGCAGGAGCUUGCAGAAGGAGCUAAUGCUCCUUAUUUGCAGUUGCUGAACCUGUUUGCCUAUGGAACAUACCCAGAUUACAUAGCCAACAAGGAGAGCCUGCCAGAACUGAGCACAGCUCAGCAGAACAAGCUGAAACACCUUACCAUCGUGAGCUUGGCGUCGAGAAUGAAGUGUAUCCCCUACUCCGUGCUGCUGAAGGACCUGGAGAUGCGGAACCUCCGGGAACUGGAAGACCUCAUCAUCGAGGCUGUCUACACUGACAUCAUCCAGGGCAAGCUGGACCAGCGAAACCAGCUGCUGGAAGUGGAUUUCUGCAUUGGCCGUGACAUCCAAAAGAAGGACAUCAAUAAUAUUGUCAAGACCUUGCACGAAUGGUGUGACGGCUGCGAAGCGGUUCUGCUAGGCAUCGAGCAGCAAGUUCUGAGAGCCAACCAGUACAAGGAGAACCACAGCCGAACUCAGCAGCAGGUAGAAGCAGAGGUUACCAACAUCAAGAAGACACUCAAAGCCACCGCGUCCUCCUCGGCUCAGGAGAUGGAACAACAGUUGGCUGAACGGGAGUGUCCCCCUCACACGGAGCAGAGGCAGCCCACCAAGAAGAUGUCCAAAGUGAAAGGUCUGGUCUCCAGCCGCCACUAGGGCCGGCUGGGGCAGCUGGCACUCACCAGGCCUGGGUCAGGUGGGGAGGGGACGCCGAGGGCCUGUUUCCUCCCCUCUCUACCUUCAGUGAGUUCCAGACCUGCCCGGCCCCUCAGCAGCGCCUCCGCACCUUGUUGGUACUGUUCCAGAAGAACCGGUCACCCCUCUCCCUUGCCCACGCCCUCCUUCCUCAGUGUUCCCUUCAGACUCAGGGGCUCCACCGAUGCCAUCCCGACAGGGUCAGACACUGCCCGGCUGGUUUCCCCCGGGAGGUUCUCGUCUCUGUUUAAGGGCUCGUCUCCGUCCCAGUUUUUCUUUUGCUCCCUGUCAUACUGUCAGGCUGGCCGGAAGCCGGAGGCAGCUUUAACCAGCCCACAGGGGUGGCUGCGAAGGAGGCGCCCCUCUGAGUGAGGAGGGCGUUCUGUCCCCAGCCCGUGCACCACGGGGCCCACGAUGGGCCUCUAGCCAGGUAUCAGAGUGCUCUGUCUUCCCUCUCUUACCUUGCGCCCUGUUGGCAGCUCCGGUCAGGCCGUGGAGGGAUGCGACGCUGGGCCAUGUUUACUAAACCUGCGGGUUUUCAGCCUCUUAGCCCAGCUCCCAUCUCUCCUUAGUCGGGAGCAGUGGGUUGACUAAUUCCUGGUGUCUGAGCGCCAGCGGAGGCUGCUGUGGGUCUGCUCGGGGCAGAAGUCUCUCCCAGCUCGGUGUUCUCUGCCGCCUGUGCCUACUCACACUGGUCUUUGGGGCGAAGGCCCGCUGCCCACUGGGGCUGUCCGCCAACACCCGCUCCCCCAAGACCUUUGAUUCCUCCUGGCUGCGUCUGGGGUGGGGAUGGUGGUACCGAGGCCCCUCUGUCUGGGGAAGGACCUGUCGCCGCUUCUGAGUCCUUCUUCCCACCCCUUCCUGACUGGUGACCCAGAGCCCUCUGAUGAUGGCAUUCUCCUGGCAAGAGCGAUGGACUUGACUAGCCUUUCUGAACUUGAGCAGUUUCAGGUUAUAUUUUAAUUUUUUUUUUUUGUACAGGUUCUGAUUCUAAUACAUUUCAACAUGCUUUUUUCCCCCUCGUGUCAAUAUUUGUUAUAGACUAAUCGCCGGGGAUUUUUCACCUGGUUGGAGGGUGGCGCGUGCAUAUGGGUGCGUGUUUUUUUUUUUUUUUAAGGUGAGGUGGAGGUCUGGACUGAUAUUAUAGUUCACUGAGGGGGAAAAGCACAUUUUUGAACAAAAAAUAAAAGCGUAGAUUUCA